AUGAAAAGGAAAAACUACCUUUCAUUAAGCCAAAGUGCUUUCCGACAAAAUCGAAGCACGUCAGAUGCUGUAUGGACUCAUCGCUGGUUAGUUGCAAGAAUUGAAAAAUACCAGGAGAAGAUUUAUAUUACAGGUAUCGACAUGAGUUCCGCAUUUGACACCAUCAAAAGAGACGACUUGUUAAACAUCCUUGGUAAUGUAAUAAACGAAGAUGAAUUGAGAUUAAUUCGAUUUUUACUUGCUAACACAAAUCUUGAAAUCAGAAUGAAAGAUGUAGAUACGACACCUUUUCCCAGUAACAUCGGAAGUCCUCAAGGUGACGGAAUAAGUGGUUGUUUGUUUAACAUAUAUUUCGAAAGCUCCUUACGUAAAGUUAGAAAAAUUCUGGAAAAAGACCAUAUCCUUGACGAACAUUCAUACUCAAAGAGAAACGAAUCAUUACUCCCAGUGACUGAAGUGAUAUACGCUGAUGAUUACGACCACAUCACAGAUGACAUCAACAAAAAGAAGAAAUUCAAUAACAUCAUAAAAGAAACUUUAGCUAAGGAUAAUUUGUUGGUAAACGAAACAAAAACAGAACACACAUUACUAGAAAGAAAGAAAAAAGUAAACAACGAAACAAAUGAACCGUGGAGACAUGUCAAGAAAUUGGGGUCAAAGCCAUGA